AUGGGCAAAAUAGCCUUUGCCACGCCCCUUCCGCAGUCUACACGCUCCGAAGUGCUGGAAUGGAAAUUUCCAAAGCCACACGACCACCUCGUUCUGACGGGCCGAUCCCGCGCUGCGUGGCACACAUCCUUCAUCAUCCCCCAGCUCAACCUCCUCCUCGACGCAGGUCUCUGCGUAAACAAGCAGAGACCAAAGCACAUCUUCCUCACCCACGGGCAUGCAGACCACACGCUCCUGGCGUUUGCCUUUGUGACAAAGGAAGACCCGCCAGACAUAUACUGCCCCGCCGAGAUGAAGCACAUCUUUGACAGCCACAUCCUCAGCACAACAAUGAUGAACCUGGGGGGCCUCGUCGGCACGAGCGACGCAGAGCAGCAAGGAUUUGCAGUGGACGAAGCGAACGGAGGAGCACACGCCGACGGGCGAACGCCUCAGGAGCGAGCGCUCCUAAACACCCACGUCACCCGCGGCGUCAAGCACGGAGACACGGUGCCCCUCAGACGGCACAAGGGCAUAACAGCAUCGGUGUUCAACUGCGACCACACCGUCCCCUGCGUAGGGUACGUCUUCUCGUCCUCCACGGCCCGCUUGAAACGGGAGUACAGACUGCUCCCCGGCCCUCAGCUCAAGCAUCUGCGACAGUCUGGCGUGGAAAUCACAGAGCCUCACUCGGCGACCAUGUUUGCGUUUCUGGGCGACACCACAAUCGCCACGCUGGCCGCCGCGCCGGCCUGGCUGAGAGACGGCAUCCCGGUUGUCAUUACCGAGUGCAGCUUCUUGUACGAGGACCAUGCGGCGCAGGCGGACAAGACCAAGCACACAAAGUGGAGCGAUUUGGCGCCCGUCAUACGCAGGUGGCCUCGGACCACCUUUGUCUUGACGCAUUUCAGCAUGAGGUACUCGGACAGACAGGUCUGUCGGUUCUUCAUGGACCUGGAGGACGCGCCGCCGAACAUGGUCAUUUGGGCAGACCCAGAGGAGUAG